CGUCCUCGGCGCUUAGGAAGGCACGGCCCGUCCACCGCUAGUGCGCGACGGCCAGGACAGUAGCAAACAGACGGACGGUCACGCAGAGGCAAGACUACUGUUGUUAAGGAGCGGGUGGAAACUUCUGGCUUGAUGGAGGCAGAGCCCUGUCCGGAGCGUGCCGAGGGCGAUAUGAGCAAAGACAAUGUGAAGAGAGACAAGAAGAAAAAGAAAGAGGGGAAGAAGAAGAAAGAGGAAGAAGCUGAGACGAAAGGGCAGAAGCAGAUAUUUGAUACCACGGCUGAAAAUUUAGUGGCGGAGAGAGGCGAGGUUGAGGGGAAACAAUCUAGCAAGUCAAGGAAGAGCAAACGCAGGCGUAGCGAUGCUGGCGAGGCUUCUGCUGGUGACCAAGUUGUGACAAGAGAAGAUAAGAAGAGAAAGAAGAAGCAUACAGUUGUGCUGGAAAAGCGCAGCAAACCCAAAAAUACUAGUAAAGGUGAGCAUGGAGAGAUGAAGGAGAGGGUUAAGGAAAGCAAUGAAUCCAGUCCAAAAUUUAGCGAGAAUGCAUCUGCUGGGAGAGAGGAAGCUGACGUAGAUGGAAAAAAUGAGAAAAAGAAAAAGAAGAGCAGGGAGGGGACACAAGAAGGAAUGAAGGAGAAAGAAAAGUCAGUUCGGUCAAAGAACAAGGGUAAGCGGGUGAGCUUUGCUGAUUCCACAGAGGUGCUUAGAACCAAAGUUGGUGACAACGAGGGGAUCAAAGGAGGAAUAAAGAAGAGAAAAAAGGCAUCUCAGUCAAAGAAUAAGGGUAAGCGGGUGAGCUUCGUUGAUUCUGCAGAGGUGUUUAGGAUCGAAGGUCGUGACAAUGAAGAGGGUGGCAGCACUGAUGAAUCUAAAUUUGUGCACGGACAGCGGUUUACCCCAGAGGAAGACACCAUUCUCAUGGAAGCUAUAAGGGAUUUCACAGAGAUGAAGCAACUGGGAGAGAAAGGCUUAGAGAUGAUCCGAUCUGCUCGUAAACACAAAGAGCUCAGGCGUUGUUGGGAUGUUAUAGGAAAAUCGUUACCCCAUAGACCUCACAAUGCCAUAUACAGCCGGGCACGCACGUUACUCACUAGGAGUGAUGAACGUAAAUGGACACAGGAAGAGAAGGAGUAUAUUCGGCGGUUUGUUGGAAAAAAUGGCACGGAGUGGAAGACAUUGGCACAUGAACUUGGGAAGUGUCCUAUCCAUGUAAAAGAUACUUGGAGAAGAAUAAAAUCUGAGAACUUGAAAAAAGGGUCUUGGGCACAGGAUGAGUACCAAAAGUUAUUUGAUUUAGUGAACCUUGACUUACGUAUGAAAGCUCAUCAGAGCAAAAAUCUUGAUAAUCGGAAGCUAAGGGAUAACAUUUCCUGGGAGGCCAUCAGUGAUAAAUUAACCACCCGUAAUCACAAGAAUUGCUGCAGGAAAUGGUACGAUACAUUAGCAUCUCCGAUGGUUAGGCAAGGAAUUUGGGAAGAUGUUGAUGAUUAUCUAUUGGUGGAAGCGCUUCAGAAGGAUGAUGCUGUCUGCGUUGAAGAUGUUGACUGGGACAGCCUUCUCGAUCACAGGUCUGGGGAGGUCUGUCGUCAAAGAUGGAACCAGAUGGUCCGCGGCCUCGGCGGCCACAGGGAGAAGCCUUUCAUCGAGCAGGUCGACGUGCUCUCCAGGCGCUACUGCCCAGAAAUGAUCGAGUACAGGAAACCGGAGGAGUGAUGGUCUGUCGAAACUGGUAAGAGUUUGGAGAUUCGAAGCAAUCGAGGGAAGCCUGGUCCGAGCGAAUUGGACAAUACCAGAGUCUGAUGAACUACUCACAUACAUGUUCUUCACCACAGACGAGUCCCCGAAUGAAAUUUUUAUGGGGGGGCCUACAUAGCUAAAAGUGGAGAGCUUUGGAGCAUCACUCUCUAUUAUCUGUACCAUUCUGCAAUAUGACACCUUAAGGACACUCAGAUGUUGCAGAAGAGAAGGUAUCUUCAAAAUAACCAUCUCAUUGCAACCCGAUAGAGACAACUUCUCCAAGGCAAAAGUACUGGCAAGAAAGCACCCAAGUUCCUCCUCAGUGAUUCGGACAGAGGACAGGCACACACUCGUCAAGCUUCUCCAGCAACCAGUUCCUGAUGUCGGAUGAAAAUCACAACAUAAGAGGAAAAGAGACUCAAGCGAGCUUGUAGCCUCGUCGGAGAAAAGCGAGCAUGAAAAGUUGUAUGCCAGGUCUGAAGGCAGAUAAACACCAAGUUCCAUGAUUCCAGGCUUAACAGCAAAUUUAAGCCAGCUUUCCACAUAAUCAGCUGUUAUGACAUCACGACAAGCGCGAAGAUUAAGCUCAAGAGUCCUCACACCAACACCAGAGUGGUUCUGAAGAAUGUGGUUGACUCUGUCAACAACAUUCUUUGCUCUUAUUUCGUCUUCUCUGUGCUGAUGCUUAUUCAAACCCAAUGCUGACUCCACCACAUUCUUUGCUCUUCCUUCGUCUUCUCUGUGCUGAUGCUUAUUCAAGCCCAAUGUUUCCAGAUUGAAUGUGAGGUUAGGAAAGCAUCUCCAGGAACUUCGAAACCGAUGAGAUACACAUGCAGCACGAGCAGCAUCCCGUAGUGGCACAAGAGAAUGUAUAUAGCUCAAGAUAUCCUGCAAAAACAUUCUUCAAAAGUUCACCAUUGCAAUUCCGAUAGCAGUGCAAGCUUCAGUCAUAUUUUUAUACAUGCUUGUCGGUGCAUUAUAAUUGUGCACUACGAAGAAUAAGCACGUAGACUUUGGUAUGUUCAUUACAGUGUGCAUGCCCUUCUCUCUGCUUUGGCAGUUUGUAAUUAAUUUACACAAAUGACCAGAUGUCUGAGGUGGUGUCAAAUGCACGUCCGCCCAACAAACAUCAAUUUCCCAACUAAAACAUCCUUUGGAAGAGCAAAGUUAUAGUGUCCAGUGUAGUCUCCUCUA